GCUGAUAGCUUCACCCUUCUCCGAAGGCACGCCGCUCCCCAAUAAUAUCUAGUCUCCACACAUUUCCUCUCCUCAUAAAUAUUCUAAUAAUAUUUAAAUACCUUUUUGUCUUUUCUUCCAACCAAUUUUACUUUGAAGAAAAACCAAAAGAGACCACCAUUAAAGACUUCCCCAUCUGUUUCGCUGCCCUUCUUUCCUUUUCUUUCUUUCAUUCAUAAUAAUAGCCUCAAUCCAAUAGUCCAAUCUUUUUUUCCCUUAUGAAAAGUAAAAGAUCCAUUUUUUUCUCUCACAUCAAUCCGACACACCCAGAAAGAGAUAUGUAAGGAAAAAGGGUUUAAUUUGAUCAAAUCCCAUCUACUAUCGUCCAAAUACUUUUCUUUAAUGGAUUUUUAUGUUUUCCGUUUCAGUUCCCAAAAGCGUUUUUGGUUUCUGAAACAUAGCCUUUUCUAUCCAACAACUUGUCAUAUACUGAUCGAUCUGAAUAAUUUAUUCUAAACUUGGGGAUUCUCUUUAUUUUUCUUUUGUGUGUGGAAAAAGUUUAGGAUGAGUGUAGCCAAGUCUCAGGUUUGGCAACCGUGUAAAAAGAAGAGGAUUUAGUUUUAGGCUUACAAGAAAGAAAGACAGAAUUCAUAUGUAUUGAUUUAGAGUAGUAGGGGUUUAAUAAGAUCUAUUUGUUUGGAGAUGGGUUCAAGAUCAAAUAAUGGAAGUGGGAGGACUAGAGUAGGAAGGUAUGAGCUUGGGAGGACACUGGGAGAGGGGACUUUUGCAAAAGUGAAAUUUGCAAGGAACGUUGAGACUGGUGAUAAUGUAGCCAUUAAGAUUCUUGAUAAAGAGAAGGUCAUGAAGCACAAGAUGAUCGGUCAGAUUAAACGGGAAAUAUCAACCAUGAAACUUAUCAGACACCCUAAUGUAAUCCGAAUGUAUGAGGUCAUGGCCAGCAAGUCGAAGAUAUAUAUUGUUUUGGAAUUUGUUACUGGUGGUGAACUGUUUGACAAAAUUGCUAGUAAAGGUAGGCUCAAAGAAGAUGAAGCAAGAAAGUAUUUUCAGCAGCUUAUCAAUGCAGUGGACUACUGUCAUAGUAGAGGUGUAUUCCACAGAGACCUCAAGCCUGAAAACUUGUUACUGGAUGCCAAUGGUGUUCUUAAAGUUUCGGAUUUUGGAUUGAGUGCGCUGCCUCAGCAAGUUCGCGAAGAUGGACUACUACAUACAACAUGUGGAACGCCAAAUUAUGUGGCUCCAGAGGUGAUCAACAAUAAAGGAUAUGAUGGAGCUAAGGCUGACUUGUGGUCAUGUGGUGUAAUCCUUUUUGUACUUAUGGCUGGUUAUCUGCCCUUUGAAGAGUCAAAUCUCAUGGCAUUAUAUAAGAAGAUACAUAAAGCUGAAUUUACAUGUCCACCCUGGUUUUCCUCUAAUGCAAGGAAACUAAUCAAAAGAAUCUUGGAUCCCAAUCCACAGACGCGCAUCACAAUUUCCGAGGUCAUUGAGAAUGAAUGGUUCAAGAAAGGGUAUCGUCCACCUGUUUUUGAGCAGGCAGAUGUUAGUCUUGAUGAUGUGAAUGCUAUUUUUAGUGAAUCUGCUGACUCUUCGAAUCUUGUUGUUGAGAGACGGGAAGUACGGCCUUCUACACCACUGACUAUGAAUGCUUUUGAGCUUAUUUCAACCUCUCAGGGUCUCAAUCUCAGUUCUCUGUUUGAAAAGCAAAUGGGGCUGGUUAAAAGGGAGACAAGAUUUACAUCGAGAUGUCCUGCGAAUGAAAUUGUUUCAAAAAUUGAAGAAGCUGCUGUACCUUUGGGAUUCAAUGUGAAGAAAAAUAACUACAAGAUUAAGCUUCAUGGUGAGAAGAGCGGGCGCAAAGGUCACUUACACGUUGCAACUGAGAUUUAUGAGGUGGCACCUUCACUAUACAUGGUUGAGCUUCGCAAGGCUGGAGGAGAUACCUUGGAAUUUCACAAGUUUUACAAGAACCUGUCCACCGGAUUGAAAGACAUUGUUUGGCAACUGGGGGAUGAAGCAGGAGAGGAAGUAAAAGAUGGUGCAGUUAUAUCAGAGGGACUCAGAGAGCCAUUUACACAACCCCCUCCCGUUCCCUUUAUAUGUAUGAAACAGAUCAAAAGUGAAAAACAAUAGAAGAAAGCUUCAUCAUAAGUGACUAAUAUCGAGUUCUUAUCUGCAAGUAUCAAAUUU